UUGGACGUCACCAGAUUUCCGAGAGUGAAGUGUUCUACACCACCCAGCUUUCAUUUGCCCUUGUCAACAAUCGUCCUGUUCGUCCGGGUCAUAUCCUUUCUUUUUUAUGGGUUGUCGUUGAUACAAAGCAUGUCGCGAUCAUUAUUGCAGUUUUUUAGUUGGGUGGAUUUCAAUUAUGGCUUUGUUUCGUUUGCAAAUUAGAAACGAAUUUAACAACUCUGAUUCUAGCACAAUCGUUUCUGAGUUUCACUGGUCCCUGAUUGUUAGGAAGUCGGAACAUAUGGCGGCUUCUGUACAAUUAGAGUGCCUAAUUUGAGAUAUAUGAUUUUAUCAGGGAAAUGUGAAUAAUUUCACUAGAAUGUUUGUUCCUAGGCGUUGAUAUUUCAAAUCUCAAACAACCUGGGUAAUGAUGUAUAUAGGUUGUUGUAAAAUAGUCUUGUUUCGAUAAACAAGCGAUAUACCAUGGCCUGUUUACGCCCACUAGCAUCCGCAUGAAGAUGUUGGAAGAACAAAACCUCCUCUUGAUAUAAUUGGCUGCACAUUGCUCCUGGUACUUAGUGUGAAACUUUAACAAAGUUGGAUGUUGAAUUUGGUUGACUUAACAAAAAUACAUGUGCUUGUGUGCCCAAAGCGUGAAGUGAAGCGUGUUGCUGAUCUAACUGCUGAUGAGACUUGUGAUUUGUGGAUCACAGCACAGAAAAUUGGUAGGCAGCUUGAAAGCUACCAUAAUGCAUCAUCGCUUACAUUUGGUAUCCAAGAUGGGCCCGAGGCAGGUCAGACGGUUCCUCAUGUUCACAUUCAUAUUAUUCCCCGAACAGCUGGUGAUUUUGAGAACAAUGAUGAUGACAUAAAUGAUGAAAUUGAUUUGAAAGAGAAGCAGUUAAAGAGGAGGCUUGAUGAGGAGGAGAGGCAAAUAAGGAGCCUUGGAGAGAUGGCUGCAGAGGCAGAUGAGUACAGAAAACUUUUCCAAUGAAAAUUUUAACAUGUGAAAUAGAAGUUAAAUCCUUUAAAUAUUACGCCUGACAUGGUUCCAGUCUAUUGGGACUAUAUAAACUAUAGUAAUCAAAUUUGUAGCUAAAGUAUAAGUUAUAAAACUUGAUGCUUGUGGCCUUAUGGUUGUGGAGGACAUCAUAAUAUUAAAUGAUUUGAUGGUUCAGUCGUUUCUGCUGCA